AGGAGACCGUUAACACACGGGGAGGGGAUGCGCACGCACACAGCACCUACACCUCAGUGGCUCACGCUCAUCAGCCGCGUUAUUAUCACCCGGGCAUCUGACUGACCGGCCGCACCGUGAACCUGCAGGAGCCGCUCGCCGCGGGGGGACCAUGAUCAACAUGAAUCGCUCUCCGGACACAAGAACUUGAGAAAUCUCCGACACUGUCCCUCAUAGUAAACCCAGAAUUUCCUCCACUUCUAUCACCUGGAAUUGCUUCAGCACCAGAACUAACCAUGCUGUGGAAAACGGGACUGAUUUUUCUGUGCUGGGGCUUGACGUCCGGGGAACUCCAGGACAGACAGUCCGCUACUCCUGCUGCUCCAGCGAGGACAACUUUGGAUUUCGGCUCCGUCCCGUCCGGAGUUUACGAUACUGUCGCCUAUUACGAGCCUGGGGGCAUUGGGAUUUUAUUUAACAUGAUGCACGCUUUCCUCUAUGUGGUUCAGCCCAACCCGUUUCCUGAAGAUCUCGUCGUUAGAGUGGCAAAGGAUAAAUUCGGAGCCAUACAAUCCGAGUACCAGAAGCCAGAAAACAUUGUUCUGACACUACAGGUGAUUUAUUAUGAGCUUGGUUUUGUGGUGUGUGCGGCCCUGGGCCUGCUGUUCACCGUGCUGCUACCGCUGGUGGGGCUUCUCUUUUGUCUGUGCCGCUGCUGUGAUAACUGCGGCGGAGAGAUGCACCAGAGACAGCGGAAGAACGCAGACUGCCUUAGAGGACUGCUGACCACACUGUUACUCACCACCACCUUCAUUAUCACGGCAGGGGUCCUUUGUGCAUAUGCAGCCAAUCAGAACCUGAGUUCUCAGCUGAAGAGCAUGAGGAGGCUGGUGAAGAGUAACCUGAAAGACCUGCACACCUUCGCCAAUCAGACCCCGGCACAAAUUGAUUACCUGAUCUCCAGGUAUGACACCGUGAAGCAACAUGUGCUGCAUGACCUGGAGAAUGUAGGUGUGAUCUUGGGUGGAAGGAUACAUGAGGAGUUGGGAAAGGACGUGCAGCCCGCCCUCGAUGGGGUUCUCAGCAUGACUGGAAUUAAAGUGGAGAAAGCCAUUAAAGCAAUGCGGGACACUAAGGAUGCUCUAGAGAAUGUGAGUUUGAGCUUGGAAACUUUGCAGGAAGGGACAGUCAAACUGCAGGCGAACCUCAGCCUGGUGCGUGGCAGCCUUAGCAAUGCCCUCAAUGAUCCUGUCUGCACAGUUACGAUAUCGAAUGAGAUUUGUCGCAACAUACGAAACACCCUUCCCAAACUAGAAAUUGCAGCCAACUACUCAUCGUUGUCUGAUGUGACCGACCAGUUAGACAAAGUGAAUGAAGUUCUAAAGACAGAUCUUGGACAGAUUGUGGAAAAGGGCUUUGCAUCAUUCAAUCAAACUCCCAACUUGGUAACAGAUCAAACCCGAAAUAUUGUGGAAGGGAUGAAGGUUCUUCUGGAGGAUGUCGGAUCAAACGUCACCACUUUCACCAAGCUCUUCCCUGUUCACAGCACUCUGACCAACUUCACCAAAAUGAUCUCUCACACACACUCGCAGAUCGAGGACAUAUACCCUCAGGUCGAUCAGAUGGAUUUCUACAGGUGGAUCUGUUGUAUUACCCUGUGCUGUAUGGUUGUGCUUAUCCUCGCCUUCAAUUUUCUGGGUCUGUUGUGUGGUAUUCUGGGAUUUGACAGGCACGCCACUCCAACCACGCGUGGAUGUGUCUCUAACACGGGGGGCAACCUGCUCAUGGCUGGUGUGGGCUUCAGCUUCCUGUUCUCCUGGGUGCUCAUGGGAGUGAUAACAGCUCUCUUCUUGGCGGGUGGGAAUUUAGAAAAGCUUGUGUGUGAACCCUUUCAAACCCAACAGCUGUUUAAGGUGUUAGAUACUCCCAACUUGGUCAACUCCGCUUGGACAAACUUCAUACCAGGAUACCUGUACAAUGAUCCUGAGAUGGACCUUACAGCAUAUUCUCUCUACAGUAAUUGUAAGGACAACAGAGGGAUUUACUCAGCUCUUCAUCUGGAUAAAGUCUUCAACAUCUCGGCCUUCUUUAACACCAGUGUUUACUCCAAGGAUGUGUCGAGGAAGUUUGAAGGGAUGAAGGUGGACCUUCGUGGCAUCAUUCUUCUGGAGUCAGAAGGCAAACAGAAUCUCAUCAGCUUCACUGAAACGGGCAUUAGUGAGAUUGACUUCGCUGCCUAUUUGGAGGAGGUUAAUAAAAAAGUGACUCGCAUUGAUCUAAUUGAUUUCGCAAGUCAACUUGAUGCUCAAGCUGAUCAGUUGUCUAAAGGGACCUUGCAGACCUCAUUAAAGGGACACGCUAAUACUAUAAGGAAGAUCCACAUCCAACAAGUCAUCCCACUGGAGCAGUCCAUGAAAUAUGUGAAAGCAAGGAGCACACUUAAUCAGAGCAUCAGACUUCUGGAGAGGAUAUCCUCAGACCUGUCUGUCAGAGUUAGAGACGUACUAGAAGCUGUUGAUGCCGCCCAGUACCUAAUUUCCCAUAAUUCAACAUCUGUGAUCAAUCAGGAAACCGAGAAAUACAAGCAGACUAUUAUUGGCUAUUUCAAGCAAUAUAUCGACUGGAUCAGAACAUCUCUGGCCCAGGAGGUCGCUACCUGUAAACCACUCAGCAACAUUGUGGACACGGCCGAGAUCCUGGGCUGCAGUUUCCUGCUGGAUUCAAUGAACACAUUCUGGUUUGGAUUGGGCUGUUCCACACUGUUUCUGCUCCCUAGCAUUAUCCUGUCCGUCAAACUUGCCAAGUUCUACCGCAGAAUGGACACAGAGGAUGUCUAUGAUGACAUUGAGACAAUUCCCAUGAAAACCAUCCCUACUUAUGACACUAUGACUCGAUUCCCACGGGCCUCUGCGCCCCCGCGCCAUGCCGACUGGUGACUCUGAGGAGGACGGUCUGUCUUGAAACUACAGAAAGUGAUAUUGGAAACUGGAAUUAAACCUUUGUGGAAUACUCUCUGUCAACGGCAUGCUCAGCUCUUAAGAAAAGGAAACUCACACACUUGAAGCUCGGACCUGUUGUCCAUGUUCCCAUCACAUCAAGAUGACUUUUAUCGAAUUGUUGUUGUUUUGACUAUUUUGCACCCUUCUGAUUAUGGACUGUCCCCUCAACGAUCCUCUGAACUCCCAUCCUGUCAUAGUCAGGGAGGCUUCACAGUAUCUGGCUGUUUUAACUACUACAUGUGUCUUUGUUUACAGUCAUUGAGAAAUCACGUGUGAUGAGCAUACCAAUGCUUCGACUGCUGUUUCCUUUUUUCUUUUAACAAUGUGGAGAAUUCAACAUGUUGCUGAGUCUUGUCCACUGAGCGGCCGAAUGGGUUUUUAUUGGAACAGAUCAAGCCAGCCACCCAUGAGCCACAAACAUUACAUGUAAACAAGGAUAUAUAGGUUUUCAAAAACAUGCUAAGUGCUAACUAGUAUUAAUUCGGUACAGAUAGAUGUUGUCAAGCCAUUUUAAGGGUGAAUUUAUUGUUGCCUUUCCAGACUUUUAGCUAGUGAAACAUGUUAGCCACAGUUCACAAGAGCAGGUCUUAGAUUAGUUUGAAGUGGAGAUCGCUAAACCACAUUUGAUACCGAGCUGUGGUUAGCAGUUUAUUAAGACAUCUAUAUACGUUAAUGCUCACUUUUGUACUGAAAAUUUAAGAUAUGAUGCAUCUGUAUUUAGUAAUACCCCUAAAAGAUCUUGCUAGUUUAACGUACUUUAGUUUAGCUGAAUAUAUCAGUUAUUAAUGAUUUUUCAGUUCCUAAUUUUGCUGACUUGUACUAAUGACUAUUGUUCUCCAACAUGUUGUUGGACACCAAAUCGUGUUUCAUUGUAGGUCUCAGGUUUUAGGGCUUUCUGUUUACUUGAUAUAACAAUAUUUGUGGAAAUACAUCUGUCGGUAUUUAAACUUAUUGUCAACUUUAAAGCAAGUGAAUGUACCCCAGAGAGACAUUUGCUUGUACGAGGGCAAGAGAAGACCACAGAGCCCAUUCACAACAACUUUUACGGAGCCUAUUUAACGCUGUCAUAGUCAUUGACAAUAACUCCACCAAAUAUUUCAACUGUUUAAUGUUAGAGACAUUAUGUCUGGUGCUACAUAUUUUUGCUCAGAUCCUUCACUCAUUGUGUAUAUGGCAGUGUUAUCAGGGCCUCAGGUAAAAUGUUGUACUUGAUUUAUAUCCAGAAAGGUCCCGUCACCUCACAGUCUCACUGUUUUGCCAUACUACACGUAGCAUGCGCAUACUUGGUGUUCAAGCUUGCUCGAAGAUGUUUAGUCUUGGUGGGCCUGGUUGUCAGUGCCGUUGGUUUUCAAGUCCAUGUGGUUAGGCUGGCUAAAACUGUAAAAUAUUGUGAAUAAAAUUUCAGAUGAAAAAUG